CCUUUGUGUCACCCAACAAUGAUGGCACCAGAGCACAGGCAGGGACACACCUUUGUUCCAUCAGCCAAUGGGAAUGCUCUAAACGCACACCGUGAUCUGUGAGCUUUUAUGCAUCUGUACAUGCGUUUGCGUGCGUGUGACAUUUACUCUGUGACGAAGGGGAGGGGGAUGUCACCUGAAGAAGGAACCAAUCAGAUAUUAGCUGUUUGGAUUUAUGCCAGAGUCUUUUGGCUUGUAAGACUUUCACACAGGUGGUCAACGCCAGACUUUCCCCCCCAAAAAAUCCUCGAGAAAAGAUGCCAUACACACCGUCUGGCUUUUUCUGUGACCGGCUGAUCCGGGAACGAGAAAGGAGAGACGGGGAAGGUUCUGUGAGCAAACCCGUCCGCUUUAACGGUCAGGACUACAACGCGCUGAGGCAGGAGUGCCUGCAGAGGAAGGGUCUGUUUGAGGAUGACUCCUUCCCAGCCACCGUGGAAUCUCUGGGCUUCAAGGAGCUGGGACACAAGUCCAACAAGGUCAAGAACAUCGUCUGGAAGAGACCCAAGGAAAUCUGUGAGAAUCCUCAGUUCAUUGUAGGAGGAGCCAGUAGGACGGACAUCUGUCAGGGAGAUCUGGGUGACUGUUGGCUGCUGGCUGCUAUCGCCUGCCUGACGCUCAAUGAGAAGCUUCUGUUUCGAGUUGUUCCUCAGGAGCAGAGCUUCUCAGAGAACUACGCUGGACUCUUCCACUUCCAGUUCUGGCGUUACGGCGAUUGGGUGGAUGUCGUCAUCGACGACCGCAUCCCAACCUUUAACAACCAGCUGGUCUUCACCAAGUCUGCUGAAAGGAACGAGUUCUGGAGUGCACUGCUGGAGAAGGCCUACGCCAAGCUGCACGGCUCCUACGAGGCCCUGAAGGGAGGAAACACCACGGAGGCCAUGGAGGAUUUCACAGGUGGCGUCACUGAGUUUUACGAGAUGAAGGAAGCUCCAAAAGAGCUCUACAAGAUCAUGAAGAAGGCUCUGGAGAGAGGCUCGCUCAUGGGCUGCUCCAUCGAUUCUUUGGUCCCUGCUCGCUUUGAAACUCGGACAGUGACGGGACUGGUGAAGGGUCACGCCUACUCGGUGACGGCGGUGGACGAGUGCAAGCCCUCUCAGCACAAGGACAGCAAGGUUCGACUGGUCCGGCUCAGGAACCCGUGGGGUCAGGUGGAGUGGAACGGCCCUUGGAGUGACAAUUCUAAGGAGUGGACUACUCUGUCCAAGGAUGAAAAAGACAAACUGCAACACCAGAGUGCUGAAGAUGGAGAGUUCUGGAUGUCAUUUGAAGACUUUAAGAAGAACUACACAAAGAUCGAGAUCUGUAACCUCACGCCUGAUGCCCUGGAGGAUGAUAAGAUCCACAAGUGGACGGUUUCUGUGAACGAGGGCCGCUGGGUGAGAGGCUGCUCGGCCGGAGGCUGCAGGAACUAUCCAGACACUUUCUGGACCAACCCUCAGUACCGCCUUCGCCUGCUGGAGGAGGAUGAUGAUCCAGACGAUAAUGAGGUGGGCUGCACCUUCGUGGUAGCGCUGAUGCAGAAGAACAGAAGAAAGGAACGCAAGAUGGGAGCCAACCUGUUCACCAUCGGAUUUGCUAUUUAUGAGGUGCCAAAGGAGAUGCACGGAAACAAGCAGCACAUGCAGAAGGAUUUCUUCCUGUUCAACUCCUCCAAGGCCCGCUCCAAGUCCUACAUCAACCUGAGAGAGGUGACGCAGCGUUUCCGCCUGAGCUCCGGCGAGUACGUUAUCAUUCCCUCCACCUACGAGCCACAUCAGGAGGGAGACUUCAUCCUGCGGGUCUUCUCUGAAAAGAGGAACACCUCAGAGGAGAUAGAGAACAGGAUCGAGGCUGAUCAUCCUGUGCCAGCUCCAGCCUUGGCGGGGGAAGAGAGCGAGGAAGAUCAACAGUUUCGGACAAUUUUUCAGGAGAUAGCCGGCGAAGAGAUGGAAAUCACAGCCAACGAACUGAGAAACGUUCUCAACAGAGUCAUCAGCACACAUAAGGACCUGAACACGGAGGGCUUCAGCCUGGAGAGCUGCAGAAGCAUGAUCGCUCUGAUGGACAUGGACGGGACGGGUCGACUCAACCUACAGGAGUUUAGACAUCUAUGGAACAAGAUCAAACAGUGGCAGGGAAUCUUUAAACAUUAUAACGCUGACCAGUCUGGCAGCAUCAACAGUUACGAGAUGAGGAAUGCCGUCAAUGAUGCAGGCUUCCGUCUCAACAACCAGCUGUAUGACAUCAUCACCAUGCGCUAUGCAAACGAGAACAUGAACAUAGACUUCGACAGCUUUGUCAGCUGUCUGGUUCGUCUCGAAGCCAUGUUCAGGGCCUUCCAGGCCUUCGAUCAGGAUGGAGAUGGAACCAUUAGACUCAGUGUCCUGGAGUGGCUCCAGUUGACCAUGUAUGCCUAGAGAAGACCAUCUUCAUCCACAAGGACCAGAUCUGCCAGCCUUUACCUCAAUUGUCAGUGUGCCCGACAGCCGUUAUCUUUCAGCCACCCCCCCCCCUCCCCCAGCUGAUUACUUCUCUGCACCAACAUGUACUUCCUUUUCAUCUUUUCCAUCAUCUGCAGAUGGUCUCGGGCCUCUGGCACUUCCUUCUCUGCUUUUGUCCUCCCAUCAUCAAAAUAUCAGUCUCUCUUCAGUCAAAAGCUUUGUUUUUAUUUCUAAGAGGUCUCAGCGUGGUAACAAACAUUUCUCAGGCAGCAAACACACACAACCUCCUUCCUGGCACAAUACCUCAAAAAGCAUCAAACAUAUAGUAACUCCUCCUGUUGCGGUUUGCUAACGAUUCAUCAUUUGUUUUUAUCUAACUAAGCAACAUUCAUCCCAGACCAGCAGGCCUUCCUGCGGACAGAUGUCAUCAUAAACAUAACAAAUUCACUCAGUCUUUUAUUCACUGGGCUUUGCUUUUAAUUCAUUCCUCCUGGACUAGACUCAGUCCAGUGACAGGGAACAGCGCCCCCGGUGGACCAGCUCAUGCUCCCCCUGUUGACCUGAGCUCCAGCCAGGACACCGGUCUGGUCUGCUCCAGCUCCGACACACCAGGCUCAGAUAUGACGAAUGGGUUGGGCUGCAGCUUCUUGUGAUUUUCUCAUGACGGCAUUGGUCAAAUGACUGUACAACAUUUUUAAACAUUUUAUUAACACAUGAAUAAAUAAAAAGUCACAUUUAGCUGUUGGUUUGCAUGCGUUACCAGUAGUUAUGACGUGAAACUGUGGGUUUUUUUCUUCAAAUGUGCCAGUUUUAUUUAUCAGCAUCAAAAUAAAUAACACACACUGUU